AUCACGAGCACGGAAACGGUGUUUAAGUUUCGGAAUUACUCUCGUCUGUGAGAGUAUUUUAAAACUGCAUAACAGCUUGUAACGUCCACAAAAACAAAGACACUAACUUGGCCUGAAGGGUUCGUGUUUAUGAUAUUUUAUAGAGAUGGCUCAGGAAGGUGGACCACCCAUCCUCCUCUCCCUCUUCAUGUUUCUCCUAAUGCUGUCAGCUCAGUGUGGCUGUCACCCUCACUCUGCUGGAUCCAUAAGGUCUUUGGCUGCAGCUGGUGCUGUAUCCAAUCAAACUGCAAGCAAAGACAUAGCUGCAGAGGUAGCAGGCUAUACUGAUGUGGCCAAAAAGAUUAUUGACCUGGCUGUGUUUGGAGCUGCUCAGAACCGCUCUCACAGACGGCUGGCCGACUUCACCGACACCAUAGGGAACCGUGUCAGUGGCUCACACAACCUGGAGUUGGCCAUCAAAUACAUGUACAGUGCUAUGUCACAGGAUGGGCUGGACGUACAUUUAGAGCCGGCCAAAAUCCCUCACUGGGUCAGAGGGAAGGAGAGUGCAGAAAUGAUUGCACCCAGGGCCAAAAGUCUGGCUAUACUGGGACUGGGUAGCAGUGUAGGGACGCCUGCUGAGGGAAUCGAGGCAGAGGUAUUGGUGGUGCAGUCUUUUGAGGAACUGAAGCGUAGAGCCAGUGAGGCCACAGGGAAGAUUGUGGUCUUUAACCAACCAUUUGUGAGUUACGGGGAGACGGUGGCUUACCGUGAACUUGGUGCCUCUGAGGCAGCCAAAGUGGGCGCUGUGGCCUCACUCAUUCGAUCUGUUACUCCAUUCUCUAUUAACAGUCCCCACACUGGUUGGCAGGACUACCAAGAUGGAGUGAAGCGUAUCCCCACAGCCUGUAUCACCAUAGAGGAUGCUGAGCUGAUGUCACGUAUGGCACAGAGAGGCCAGAAGGUUGUGGUCAGACUCACAAUGGAAGCCAAGACUCUGCCUGAUGCUGACUCCUUCAACACAGUGGCUGAGAUAACAGGCUGGCAACACCCUGAGCAGGUCGUGUUACUGAGCGGCCAUUUGGACAGUUGGGAUGUGGGCCAAGGCGCCAUGGAUGACGGAGGUGGAGCCAUGAUUUCGUGGGAAGCCCUUUCCCUCAUCAAGGACUUAGGUUUGCGUCCGAGGAGAACCCUGCGAGCAGUAUUGUGGACAGCUGAGGAGCAGGGUGGGGUCGGAGCGCAGCAGUACUUUGAUCUACACAAGGUGAACAUGUCAAACUUUGACCUGGUCAUGGAGUCUGACAUGGGGACAUUCAACCCUGUGGCACUGCAGUUUACUGGCAGUGAUGCAGCACGAAAGGUGAUGGAAGAAGUGGUCAAACUGUUGGCUCCCAUUAAUACAACCAAACUGGAGGUACACGGAGAGGGGACAGACAUCUCACCAUGGCUGAAGGCAGGGGUACCAGGUGCUAGCCUCCAUGUUGCGGACAGUCGGUACUUUUGGUUCCACCACAGUGAAGGUGACACCAUGACCGUUCAGGACCCUCAAGAGAUGAACCUCUGCUCGGCACUGUGGGCCGUGGUCGCCUAUGUCGUGGCGGACCUGCAGGACAUGUUGCCCAGGUAGCCAGUUAGCACACAGGAUAAACAGGAGGACAGGAUGAUGGCUGUGGACGGCUGGACUGGUUGUUUCCAAAACACAUCAUCAAAUCCAACUUCUAUUAAAGAAAAACUUGAGAUUGAAUGGAUUGAGUUUAAAGAGUUAGAGUAAAUCUUUGUUUACAAAUUGAAUGUGACUCAUGUGUGGAUAAACAAGUGAAUCCAAGAGAUGAUGAUAAAGAGAUUGAGUGACUUCUCUGUAGAUUAUUUUGAAUGGGAAGCAUAUGAAAGUCUUGUCAGGACCAAAGAUGGGGCAUGUAAAAGUUUUAUUGAAAUCCCAAAGCAACAUAAUAGAUGCGUAUAUGAUCAUGCUACAUGAUGUUGAUUCUACUGACAGAGAAGAGCACGUUAUACUUUGAACGAGAGACAAACUGCAUUUUUUCCCAAGUAAAAAGCUGAGUCACUCAAAAUGCUGGGUCACUGAUGGAGACUAUACCAAGACAAUUAGAGUAGUGGCCUUUCUCAGGUUAUGUGUUUGACUUAAAGGAAUACUUUACCCACAAACUGACCAAUUGUAAAUCAGUUACUCAUGCCAUGUUAUCUUGAAUCCUUAAAGAAAACCUUUUCUCACAUGCCUCCAAAGAAAAUAGCCAACAUAUUGAUUUACUGAUUGAUUAGGCACCACGUUUAACAACAGCAACUCAUGCAGUAUAAUCCAAGUCUUAUUUAUCCAGCCGUAUGCUCAGUACUUCCCAAACAGACAGCCCUUUCUGAUGGGGUACUGAACUGAAAGUGGAAUUAUGCUUCCUUUAAAGCCAGACUCCAUUGCCAAAAACAGUAAUUUUACCUCACUGACCGUGGGAGCUGCUCGUCUGGCACUGCCUCUAUCACUUAGUUUGUUGUUUUUAUGGGACUUUGGUGUUUUAAAGGGUUAGUUUGGAUACACCAAAUUCACCCAAUAACACAAACAACCUUCUGAUGGAGGCAGUGGUAGACCAGCAGCUCUCAUGUUCAGUGAGAUAAAAUUACUGUUUUUGGCAAUGGAGUCUGGCUGAAGAGAGCAUAUACAAUUCACUUUUGGGUAAGUUUUGAAUAGUAAUGUUUAAGUGAAAAUAUAUACAUUUGGGAAGUACUGAGCACACGACUGGAUAAAUGAGACUUGGAUUAUACUGCACAAGUUCUGUAAGUUUAUAAAAGGAUGUUUUGACAUAGUUUUGCUGUUGUUA